ACUCGUUCAGUCAUAUAUAAAUGAAUAAAAACUCAAGGUAAAUUAUCAAAACCGAAAGUUGAAGGCUUUCAGAAUGAAAUUUUUACUCGUUUUCUCAACUUUUUUUUUCGUUACAGUUUUUGCAACCAUACCUCUUAAGCUCGACCUAUCUAGACUUGGAGACCCGUGCAAAGGGAGUGAUGAACAUUGCUUCAAAAGAAAGUUUACCCUUCUUCUUCCACUUCUAAUUCAACAUCUUGGAAUACCACUAACGAUCCCAAAACUAAAGUUAGGAUAUGGUAAAGGUGUCUUACAACUGGAUCAGACUUAUGAACAUAUGAAAAUUGAUGGUCUCAAUAAAGCAGAUGUUAUUGAUUCGAAAUUAGAUUUAGCAGUGGGUAAACUUGCCUUGUUUUUAAAGGCCAAAGAAAUAAAGAUACAAACAAAAUACAACAUCAAUGGAAGAUGUUUGGCACUGCCAAUUUGGGGCAAAGGAGAUGCCACAAUCAUUAUAAAAAAUGUAGAAAUCCAUUUGGAUCUUGCAAUCGGUCUAGACAAUGGAAAGAUCAAUCUACAUACAUGUAAAUUACCCAUUAAAGCAGGCGGAGCUCACUUCAAAUUCAGCAGUUUGUUUGGUGAAGCCAGAAAGAAAAUUUUGACACCACAAUUCGAAAAAGUCUUCAACGAUAAUGCUCCACUUGUGUUAUAUGAGCUGCUACCAGAAUUCCAAAUUCAACUAGAGAAACAUUUCAAUGUUUUGUUGAAACCCCUAUUGGCAGACCUUCCUUUAGAUGCAAUAUUACUCAUACCAGUUUUGGCUUAGAGAAAAUAUAUGGAUAUAUGAAAAUAUAAAAAAAUAUAAUCCACCUAUAAUUGA